UUAUAACUAUAAUAAUCAAACACGCGCUUCUUCUUCUGUCCUGUGGGGGCAGUGGAGCGCAGCCGGAACUUUGAACCACAGAAGAAGCGCUCCUGCUACAGUUAGCCACAGUUAGCUCAUGGCGGACCUGAACCGGCAGCUCCAGGACUACCUGGCCCAGUCCAAAGGCGCCAAGACCAUCUCCCAGUCCAGCUCCAGCACCACGGUGGACAUGGACGACACGGAGCCGGUCUCCGGGAGCUGGUUCGGGCGGUGGUCGAGCCCGUGGCCCGGGAACCGCAGCGGCAGUCCGUCCGGCCACGGCUCCGGCGGAAGCAGCGGGUUUUCCUGGCCGUGGUCGGCCGAGCCGGACCCUUGCCUGCCGGGCAUGAGCCGCCGGCAGCGGCUGGUGGCCUUCGGGGUGUGCGCGUGUUUGUCGCUGCUGUGCUUCGGGCUGUCGGCGCUGUACGCCCCGCUGCUGCUGCUCUACGCCCGCAAGUUCGCGCUGCUGUGGUCGCUCGGCUCGCUGUUCGCCAUCGCCGCGGCGGCCGUGCUGCGCGGACCCAGCCGGCUCGCCGCCGGCCUGCACACCUCUCCCGGGGCCGCGGUCUACCUGUGCGCGCUCGGAGGGACGCUGUACGCGGCGCUCAGCCUCCACAGCACCGUGCUGACCGCGCUGGGAGCCGCCCUGCAGGUCACCGUCAUCGUCGGGUACGUGGUGUCGCUGCUGCCCGGGGGCAGCGCCGGGAUCCGGUUCAUGGGAGGCAUGGCGGCGUCCGCCAUCAAGAGGACCGUCACCGGGAAAACCAUGCCGAUCUGACCGGGGACGGCGCGUCAGAGGCCGGACACGGACCGGCAGGGGCCCGGUCCACGAGGACCAACAUUCCUGAUCAGCUGAUCGAUCACUGACCUGUGUGAGGGCAGGUGACCCCUGAACUUUGACCUGCAGGGCCACACGUCACGCGACCUGAUGAUGAUGCAAUGAGUGUGACGUCAUCAUCAGAACGUUCUAAUUCAUGUUAAUGAGCUGGUUCCAUUAAAUAUUUUCAUGGUUCA